UGAUGGAACAGAGCGGAGGCGACCAGGAAUCCCAGCCGGAGAGUCACGCGGAGAGCAAGAGCCAGCUGAAAUCCUUGCCGGGGGGAACCGCUCACGUCAAGCUAGAGAUAAAAAAAUAUGCCGUUACGGACGACUACAAACUCUCCAAGCGGGUGCUCGGGCUAGGAAUUAACGGCAAAGUGCUGGAGUGUUUCAACAAGGAGACAGGGCAGAAAUGUGCUUUGAAGCUCCUGUACGACAACCCAAAAGCCCGUCAGGAAGUGGAGUAUCACUGGCGGGCGUCGGGCUGCCCCCACAUCGUGCACGUCCUGGACGUUUACGAGAACAUCCAUCACGGGAAGAGGUGCCUCCUCAUCGUCAUGGAAUGUGGAAUUGUAUUUAUAGAGGCCUCUGAAAUCAUGAGAGACAUUGGAACAGCCAUCCAGUAUCUUCAUUCAAUGAACAUUGCCCAUAGAGAUGUCAAGCCUGAAAACUUACUUUACACAUCUAAGGAGAAGGAUGCCGUACUCAAACUCACAGACUUCGGCUUUGCCAAAGAAACCACAGUACAAAACGCACUGCAGACCCCCUGCUACACUCCUUAUUACGUGGCCCCAGAAGUCCUUGGUCCUGAGAAGUAUGAUAAAUCAUGUGACAUGUGGUCUUUGGGGGUCAUCACAUAUAUUCUCCUGUGUGGGUUCCCUCCAUUCUACUCCAACACUGGACAAGCCAUUUCUCCAGGAAUGAAGAGAAGAAUUCGGAUGGGGCAGUACGGGUUUCCCAAUCCAGAAUGGGCUGAAGUGUCAGAGGAAGCCAAGCAGCUGAUUCGCCAUUUACUGAAGACUGACCCAACCGAGAGGAUGACAGUCUCUCAGUUUAUGAAUCACCCUUGGAUUAACAGAUCCAUGGCAGUGCCACCAACUCCUCUUCAUACUGCUCGAGUACUGCAAGAAGAUAAAGACCAUUGGGAUGAAGUGAAGGAGGAGAUGACCAGCGCGUUGGCUACCAUGAGGGUGGACUAUGAUCAGGUGAAAAUUAAAGACUUGAAAACAUCCAACAACCGCCUCCUGAACAAGCGCCGGAAGAAACAAAAACAGGCGGGCGCCUCUUCUGCAGCCCCAGGGUGCAAUAACCAGUGAGGAGAGAAGCCAAGGACCUGUGGGUGGAGGGUAAAAGCUGAAAGGAGCAAUUUAAAAUGAGUAUGAUCACCUCAGGCCCUACAACAAAGGCCGUGGCACUGAAACAGUGAAGAAGCCAUCCUGCAAAAAGAGGGCAGCGUGAAAGAUUAUGUUUUUAUGACUUGAUUCAGGGCUUUCCUUUAAAAGGCUAAUUUAUAUGACGUGAUUGUGCUGCAUAUUGCUAGGGAAAGCACAGCAAUACCAGAAAUGUUUAUGGUUUGGUUGUAUCUGUAUUG